GAAAACCCUGUCACCCUGUCAUGUCUCUCACACAGAAGCAGCAGAUGAAUUUGGACACUGAGAGUGCAGCACACACUGGAAUGGAGUGCCAGUCAAGGUCCUCUCAUAAGUACCUGCUGCUGCAGGUGUGGUGUGGUCUCCUCACCGUGACCAUGGUGGUUAUGGCCGUAUUUCUCACUUCAAUCAAGACAAAGUCAACUCAGGAUGAAGUCUCUACACUGAAGCCAGAUGUCAGUACAACAGGCAACACUAUUGCGGGUCCCUUAAAGUCAAUAGGAUCUUCUUUCUCAUACAUCCAGCUAAUCUCUCCGGACAUGCACUCCUGGCAAAAUGACAUACAAACACCCAAAUGUCAAUCCUGCCACCUAGACCUGCGUGACAACUUCAUCUUCUGCAUGAAGGACAGCCUCUACUUUAUCUACGCCCAGGUCACCUUCAGCAAGCACGCUAAUAAAAGUCAGAGCAAAUCAGUGAUUUUGAAAAAAAAUGCCUCGUUCGGUAGACGUGAAAGAAUACUGGUUGAGGGAACCUUACCACACACAACAGAGGGCUCCGUGUGGGUGGCCAAGAUUGUCAAACUUACAGAGGGAGACAGUGUCAGUAUAAAUAUCACAGAUUAUUUUCGAACUUACAGCACAUUCUGGGGUGCCUAUGAGCUUCAUUCAGGUGUCUAGAAUUUGUUACUAUACGAGAGAGAAUAGUUUUGGGUAGAACUGGUAUGUUAUUAGUAAUCUUAUAUACUAAUAUGUUUAAACAAAAUUUAUUUUGUUCCAAUAUUUUGUGAUGGAUAUUUAAGAAAAAAUACAAAUAAUACUCAAAAGAAUUUAGUGAUGCUCAACAAUUAUUGAAUCUUAUUUUUUGCAAGGUAGUAAAGUCUUUUAAUAAUCUUUGUGGCCAACUUGGAACACUAAAAUGCUAAAAAGCUCCAUCAGGCAUGGUGAGGAAGGUUUUAAUUACAGGUUUUAGUGACUGAAACCUUUUAAUAGAAAGUCACAUCUUCACACCUUGCUGACUUUGGACAAAAAUAUCUGGGCAAAUUAACAGACAGCAUCAACCCAACCUUAGCCAAGUGUCCACUUUUAAGUAUGCCAGCUGGUUCUGACUCUUGUGGUGUUUGGUGGUCUUGCUAAUUGAAUUCUAAAUGAAUAUAAACUGUGACUGUCUGGGGUAUGUUUGUUUUCAUUGCUAUGUUCUUGUGUAAUUUAUGAAAUGGAAUAUUAUAUUAGUGUGGUUUGAAAUCAAGGGUGAAAUGAAAAUGCAAUAAA